UUCACGAAUCGGUUGCGGACCCAAAAUUUUCUGCAACGACAACAAGGAAAGUAAAAGAAAGUAAAAGAAAAGAAAAGAAAAUUUUCUGCAACGACAGAGAGCGCAGCCAUGGCGACUUCAACUCGAACAGGACGAACCAGCAGCUUCUCUCGAAACUCGUCAUCGUUCUCUCCGGCUUCUUCUUCUCCCCUUCAUCAGCAGCAGAAUCCAGGCAUCAAGCUGGGCCCCAACGCCUCCGCCUUCGUCUCCUCUGGAAUUCCUGACCUCGACAGGAUUUUGGGAGGUGGGUUUCUCUUGGGAACCCUAGUUAUGAUAAUGGAGGACUCCGACGCCCCUCACCACCUGCUACUCUUAAGAAAUUUCAUGUCCCAAGGGAUCGUUCAUCGCCAGCCUCUGCUCUUCGCUAGCCCUUCGAAGGAGCCCAGAGCUUUUCUUGGCACUCUCCCUUCUCCUCUCUCGUCUUCGUCUUCGUCUUCUUCAAAGGAUGAGAAGCAAGAGGAGAAGGGAUUGAGAAUAGCUUGGCAAUACAAGAAGUACUUGGAGCAGCCCGCUAUUGAUCCUCACAGCAAAGAUGUUAAACAAGAAUUCAGUAAUGAUUUUGACCUGCGAAAGCCUCUUGAAAGACAUUUGCUUGGUGCGAAGAAUAUUGAAUGUGUGACCAUGCAAGACUCUUCAAGCCUUGCAGUUAUUCGUGAUCAUUGUUCCAACUUUUUAACUAAACUUCCUCGAAAUGAUGGGAGCAAUGUUGGUAGAAUUGCUAUACAAUCACUUUGUGCCCCUCAAUGUGGAUACACUGAGAUGGAUUGGGAUAUGGUUUCCUUUAUCAGAUCUCUCAGAGCAAUGGUACGAUCUUCUAAUGCAGUUGCUGUGAUUACAUUCCCGACUUCUCUUCUUCCUCCGUCCUUCUCUAAGAGAUGGCAGCACUUGGCAGACACUCUAUUAUCUGUUGGAUCAAUUCCAGAUGAGGACAAGGAUUUGGCGAAAUUACUUACUGGUUACCAGGACAUGGUUGGUCUUUUGCAUGUCCAUAAGGUAGCUCAGAUUAAUAGCCAGGUGCCUGUCAUCCUCGAAGCAACUACAUUCUCAUUAAAGCUGCAUCGACGUAGAUCUCUGGUCAUAGAACGACUAAAUCAAGCUCCAGUUGAUGGUUCAAGUGGAACAUCUUAUGGGACCGCUGGUAGUUGUUCAAAGAGCUCUUCAGUUGAUUUUUAGAGCUUUUAUAUUUGUUUGAUCCCAAAUUUCAAGCUAAAUUAUUUUUUGCCCUUUUUGGGAGAUUGUAAAUCGUAAAUAUACAGCAAGGAUUUUGUUUUCCUUGAUUUAAUGUAGGAUAUGGAUGUGUAAAACCAUUUUUUGAUGCCCUCCUCCUGAUUGUACAUUAGAAUUUCAAUUACAUUUCCAUGAAGGACUGAGAUGGAAAAA